AUGGCUACGUCCUCGCCACUUGCGACGGUCGGCAUAUUGUCCAUCGGCGACAUGGGCGUCGGCAUAGCUCGAUUGCUGAUAGCCAACAGCUACCGUUGCAUAACGAAUGCCUCGGACAGGAGCGAAGCAACCCAAGCUAGAGCCCACGCAGCCACGAACUCUGCCUUCAAGACGCGAAGUCGUCCUUUGUACUUCAUCGAUCUCAAUGCUGUCAGCCCCAAGACCGCCCGCGAAGUGAACAACCUACUCAGCAGCUCAGCUCCAAAUGUGCGGCUCAUCGAUGGCGGCAUCAUUGGUGGUCCACCUAAUCGCGAAGAAGAUGGUACUUGGAGUCAGCCAAGCAUACCGGUGUCCGGACCGCACAAGCUGCAUGAAGCAGAAGCCAAUGGUGAGCAUCUGGCCAAGACACUUAACGUCAAGCACGUCAACGACAGUAUUGGCUCUGCGACCGGUCUGAAAAUGUGCUUUGCGUCGCUUUCGAAAGGCUUCACAGCUCUGGCGAUCGAGUCGUUUACGACUGCGCACAAUCUCGGCGUGACGGACCAGCUCAGAGCACAUCUGGAAGAAUUCAAUCCCAUGGCUGCCAAAACGGCCGAGCGAGGACUAGUCAGUAUGCCACCCAAGGCGUAUCGCUGGAUACAUGAGAUGGACCAGAUUGCCGAGACUUUCGAGGCCGAUGGCGGGUUUGAUUCGAACGAGUCCAUCUUCAGGCCAAUCGCGAGGGUAUAUGAGCUCGUUGCUGAUGGUACCGAGCUUGGCAAGGAGAAGACAGAGGAUCGUAAGCGUGGCAAGACCGCCGAUGAUGUGGCGGCAUUGAUGAGCGAAGGCACUUCGAGGCGGAAACAGAAGACAGAGUAG